UGUGGAAGCCACGGCCCUCUUGGCCCUCCAGCUGCUCCUCUCCAGCCUGCGCCAUGAGUGACCACCAGCACCUCACCAGGAGUGCUGGACUGGGCCCUCACCCCAUGGAUUGGGCCAUAUCUCUUAGUCCCAAUGCUCCUGCAAGAAGAUCUGAGUGGGUGUCCAUGAUAGGAGCUGUGGAGGUGUCCCCAGUGGCAAGUGCUGCCAGAACACCCGUCACCAAGUUUCCUGUGUGCACGUUGCAAGGACUGUGUGUGAGUCUGGUAUAACUUGGCCUCCUGAGAUUCUGUCUCAUCAAGAAGGAGAUAGCUAAGAAGAGUUCUCUGUUGGGAAGAAAACUUAGAAAAGAAGAAAGCCAGAACUUAUUUUACAUGUUUGUCAGCUCACUUAUCAAUAUGGGCAGUUCCGCCACCAUUUUUCCUCCUAGUGGAGACAGUAGUCUGACAACUUAUCAGUCUGAGUUUUAAAAAUGUUUAGUUGAUGAAAAGUUAUGGUGUGAACAUCAUAAAAUUAAUUAUCAGAUUCUGAAAGCUGAACACACAAGGUUGCAAGAUGAAUACAUAAGGUCACAAAAUGAACUUAAGCACCUGCUAAAUGAAAAGCGAACUCAUCAGGUGAAAUUCCAGCUGCUGCUUGAAGAGCUAAGAGGGGAAUUAGUAGAGAAAACUAAAGACUUAGAAGAAAUGAAACUGGGGGUAUUAACUCUACAAAAGUUGGAAUUGUUACAACCCCAAAUACAAUGACAAUUAGAAACUCCAAUGAAAGAACGUUUUAGGAAUCUGGAUGAAGUGGAAAAGUACAGAGCUGAAUGCAAUAAGCUUCGCUAUGAACAUACAUUUCUCAAAUUAGAAUUUGAACACCAGAAAGAAGAAUUUGCUUGUAUUUUAGAAGAAGAAAAAAUAAAAAGUGAAUCAGAGACGGCAAGACUGGAGAAAGAUAAAGAAGAACUAUGUAACCAGCUACUAAGUGUUGAUGCCUCAGGAGACAGCAAACGAAUGGAGAGGAUUCUUCAAGAGACAGUCCAUUUGUGUCAGAAAUUAGCAGGUUUAGAGGCAGAAGUAGCAGAAUUAAGGGCUGAAAAAGAGAAUUCCGGUGCUCAGGUUGAGAAUGUCCAAAGAAUUCAGAUGCAGCAGUUGGCUGAGAUGCAGGCUACAGUCAGAUCCCUGGAGACUGAAAAACAGUCAGAUAAACUACAGGCUGAACACAUGGAAAAGGAGCUACAAGCAAGCAAUGAACAAAAUAAUAUUUUAAUCAGUAAAUUGCAUAUAGCUGAACAGGAAAUAAAUACACUGACCAGUAAAGUGAAAGAACUUAAACAUUCAAACAAACUAGAAAUAACAGACAUCAAACUGGAGAGAGCAAGGGCUAAGAGUGAGCUAUAAAGAGAAAGGAAUAAGAUUCAAAGUGACCUGGAUGGAUUACAGUCAGACAAUGAAAUUCUCGAAUCAUCUGUUGAACACCACAAACCACUCCUAGUAGAAAAGGAUCAUGAAUUAUUACAUAAAGUACAAGCUGCUAAAG